AGGCCUCUCAAACUCGUCUCCGGGAUCCCCAGCCUGCAGAUUGUGCUGAAGUCCAUCAUGAAGGCCAUGAUCCCGCUGCUGCAGAUCGGCCUCUUGUUGUUCUUCGCCAUCCUCAUGUUUGCCAUCAUCGGCCUGGAGUUCUACAGCGGGAAGCUUCACCACACCUGCCUGCCAUCUGUCUACAUCCUCGACAAUGAAACUGUUGACUCGUCAGAGUUGGCGUUUGCGUGUGGAGUGAGGAAGUGUCCGGAGCAGUACGACUGCAACGACACCUGGAUCGGGCCCAAUGACGGCAUCACGCAGUUCGACAACAUCCUGUUUGCUGUGCUCACCGUCUUCCAGUGUAUCACCAUGGAGGGAUGGACGGCCGUUCUCUACAAUACCAACGAUGCCUUGGGUCUCACAUGGAACUGGAUGUACUUCAUCCCUCUCAUCAUCAUCGGCUCAUUCUUUGUGCUGAACCUGGUGUUGGGUGUCUUGUCUGGAGAGUUUGCCAAGGAGAGGGAGAGGGUGGAGAACCGGAGAGCCUUCAUGAAGCUGCGCCGCCAACAGCAGGUGGAGAGAGAACUGAACGGAUACCGAGCCUGGAUAGACAGGGCAGAGGAGGUGAUGCUCGCAGAGGAGAAUAAAAGUUCUGGGAGAUCGCCGUUGGACGUUCUGAAGAGAGCGAGUAAGAAGACUGGUGCACGUAGAGGAGCACCAGGGGACGACAAGUACACCGACAUAUCCACGGCCAACAUGUCCAGAUCGAGGAUGAACUUCCGCAGUGGCCGUCGUGGCCCAGCUGCCUACCUGCGACGUAAAGAGCGCAUGUUACGCAUCUCCAUCCGGCGCAUGGUGAAGACGGACACGUUCUACUUGAUGGUGCUCAGCCUGGUGGCUCUGAACACCAUCUGCGUGGCCAUCGUCCACCACAACCAGCCCGACUGGCUGACCAUCUUCCUCUACUAUGCAGAGUUUGUUUUCUUGGGGCUGUUUUUGGCUGAGAUGUUUCUGAAAAUGUAUGGUCUGGGUUUCCGGCUCUACUUCCACUCUUCUUUCAACUGCUUCGACUGUGGGGUUAUUGUUGGCAGCAUCUUCGAGGUGGUUUGGGGCUUCUUCCGGCCUGGCAUGUCGUUUGGUAUCAGCGUACUGAGGGCACUGAGACUCCUGAGAAUUUUUAAGAUCACCAAGUACUGGGCCUCUCUCAGGAACCUAGUUGUUUCCCUCAUGAGCUCCAUGAAGUCCAUCAUCAGUCUGCUGUUUCUUCUCUUCCUCUUCAUCGUGGUGUUUGCUCUGCUGGGGAUGCAGCUUUUCGGCGGAAGGUUCAUCUUUGAAGAUUACACUCCCACCAAUUUUGACACGUUUCCAGCUGCCAUCAUGACAGUGUUUCAGAUUCUGACUGGUGAGGACUGGAACGAGGUGAUGUACAAUGGGAUUCGCUCACAGGGGGGAGUGCAGUACGGCAUGUGGUCAUCGAUCUACUUCAUAGUGCUCACUCUAUUUGGAAACUACACACUGCUGAAUGUCUUCUUGGCCAUCGCUGUGGAUAAUCUGGCAAAUGCACAGGAACUGACAAAGGACGAAGAGGAGGAAGAAGAGUUCUUCAACCAGAGAUAUGCCAGAGGCAGGGAUGGCCUGAUCUCUGAUGGUAGAAGAAGACCCUACCUAUACAGGAAACGUGCGAUCCACCGAGGUCGUCCAGCCUUCCCAGACGAGCCUGAGGGUGCGAUGGGGGCCCCCGACGAGCAGCCUCUCAAUGGCUCCAACGCCUUCGCCAAUCGCAGAGAGAGGAGGAGAAAAGUUAACAUGUCCGUCUGGGAGCAGAGAGCCAACCAGCUACGCAAACGUCGCCAGAUGGCAAGCAGGGAGGAGCUGUUUAGCGCCCCUACAGAGGACACCAGUGAAACCCCCACCAACGCCCACCAUGUCCCCACCCUUUCCCCAGAGGCCAGUCCGGGUCACCUGCCCGAGUCUCCCAUGUCGGUUGGGAUGCCGCUCCCUGAGCCUCCGAUGUCCAUCUCCAUCCCCAUCCCUGAUCCUCCGGCGGCUGAGCCUCUGGUGAACCUGAGUGAGGAGAAAACAGCAGGAGCCAACCACCGCACCACAGGCGGAGGCAGGCACAGGAUGGCCCGCAAGUUCAGGCCCAGUCAGGGGCCGGAGGAAGGUGCCCGGCACAGACGCCACCGUCAUCGUGAGGCUCGCAGUGAGGCCAAGAGUCUGGACUGCACUCAGACGCCCCAUGAGGUGCAACAAGUGAGACGCUCGCUCAGCCAGGAGAGGAAGAUACUGGAUGAGAGGGAGGAGAAGGAAGAAAGAGAGGAGAGAGAGAAAACAGAGGCGGAGGGAGGGUCGGUCCAAGACGAUGGUGGAACCUGCAUCAUCAACCCAUAUGCAGAUGUUGGAGACGACUGCAGAAGAUCUGACAUCCCUGAUCCUCCUCAGUGCGAGCAGCUGCUUGACUGUACCUGGUCCGAGCAGGGUGAAGGCCGACACACUGACCAAAACAUCCCAGUGGAGCCGGCCUUGGAGGCCACAGAGUACACUGUGAGUGCCAUGGAGGCCGAGAACUGCCCGGUCUCCAUCAAACGUGACAGGUCCCACCUGGAGGGGAGCGUGGCCAUCGAGAUGUCUGCACAGCCGCUGCUGGAGCUCACACCCAUGACAGUGAACAGUAAAGAGCUGGAGGCGUACCACUCCGAGCAGAAAGAGAGCGACGAGGAGACGGAGGAGGAGGAAGAGGAGGAAGAGGAGGAGGAACCUCCAACUCCUCCAAAACCCAUUGCCCCAGACAGCAUGUUCAUCUUCAAGGCCUCCAACCCUAUCAGAAGAAUCUGCCAUUAUGUGGUCACUCUACGUUACUUUGAGAUGACCAUCCUCCUUGUGAUCGUGGCAAGCAGCAUUGCACUGGCCGCCGAGGACCCCGUGUGCACCAGCUCAGACAGAAACAAGGUCCUCCGUUACUUUGAUUACGUCUUCACUGGAGUGUUCACCUUUGAAAUGAUCAUCAAGAUGAUAGACCAGGGCCUCAUCCUUCAUGACGGCUCUUAUUUCCGAGACAUGUGGAACAUCCUGGACUUCAUCGUGGUGGUGGGGGCUCUGAUUGCCUUUGCUCUAACGAACAACAAAGGCCGAGACAUCAAGACAAUAAAGUCUCUCCGAGUUCUGAGAGUCCUGCGGCCUCUUAAAACUAUCAAGAGACUACCUAAACUCAAGGCUGUUUUUGACUGUGUCGUCACGUCUCUGAAGAACGUCUUCAACAUCCUCAUCGUGUAUCAGCUCUUCAUGUUCAUCUUUGCCGUCAUUGCCGUGCAGCUCUUUAAGGGGAAGUUCUUCUACUGCACUGACAGCUCCAUGAAUACAGAGAAGGAAUGCCAAGGCUACUACAUAGACUACAGCCGAGACAAGAAGGAGGUGAAGAGGAGAGAGUGGAGGAGACACGAGUUUCACUACGACAACGUCUGCUGGGCCCUGCUCACACUUUUCACUGUCUCGACUGGGGAGGGAUGGCCUCAGGUCCUGCAGCACUCGACUGACGUAACAGAGGAGAACAUGGGUCCGAGUCGUGGCAAUCGAAUGGAGAUGUCAGUAUUCUACGUGGUUUACUUCGUAGUCUUCCCGUUCUUCUUUGUCAACAUCUUCGUGGCUCUGAUCAUCAUCACCUUCCAGGAGCAGGGUGACAAGAUGAUCCAGGAGUGCAGUCUGGAGAAGAACGAGAGGGCCUGCAUUGACUUUGCCAUCAGCGCCAAGCCGAUGACCCGCUACAUGCCCCAGAACAGACAAACCUUCCAGUACAGGCUGUGGCACUUUGUGGCGUCGCCCUCGUUUGAGUACACGGUGCUCGUCAUGAUCGCCCUCAACACUGUGGUCCUCAUGAUGAAGUAUCACUCAGCCCCAACUGCGUAUGAUACGGUCCUGAAACACCUGAACACAGCGUUCACUGUCCUCUUCUCCAUGGAGUGUAUCCUCAAGAUCUUGGCUUUUGGUUUAGUGAACUACUUUCGAGAUACUUGGAAUAUUUUUGAUUUCAUCACUGUUCUUGGCAGCAUCACUGAGAUAAUUGUGGAUUUACAGUCUGUGAACACAAUCAACAUGAGCUUCCUGAAGCUUUUCCGAGCGGCCAGGUUGAUCAAGCUGCUGAGACAGGGUUACACGAUUCGUAUUCUGCUGUGGACGUUCGUGCAAUCGUUUAAGGCUCUUCCGUAUGUGUGUCUCCUCAUUGCGAUGCUUUUCUUCAUAUAUGCUAUAAUUGGAAUGCAGGUGUUUGGAAACAUCAAGCUGAAUGAUGAGAGUCACAUCAAUCAGCACAACAACUUCAAGACGUUUUUCAGCGCGCUGAUGCUUCUGUUCAGGAGUGCGACAGGAGAGUCGUGGCAGGAGAUCAUGCUCUCCUGUCUGUCGGGUCAGGAGUGUGAACCUGACCCAUCCAUCUCCCCCCUCACCUUGUCUCCAGACCACGAGGGAGGCUGCGGGACCGACUUUGCUUACUGCUACUUCGUCUCCUUCAUCUUCUUCAGCUCCUUCCUGAUGCUGAAUCUGUUCGUGGCCGUGAUCAUGGAUAACUUCGAGUACCUGACUCGAGACUCCUCCAUCCUCGGCCCCCAUCACCUGGAUGAGUUUGUCAGAAUCUGGGGGGAGUAUGAUCGUCUGGCGUGUGGUCGUAUCCACUACACAGCCAUGUAUGAGAUGUUAACACACAUGUCUCCACCUCUGGGCCUGGGAAAAAAAUGUCCUGCAAAGAUCGCAUACAAGAGGUUGGUGUUGAUGAACAUGCCUGUGGACGAGGACAUGUCCGUCCACUUCACCUCCACCCUGAUGUCGCUUAUUCGCACGGCUUUGGACAUCAAGAUCGCUCGAGGUCAGGCUGCAUGUGGUGAGGACCGUGUGGCUCUGGACUCUGAGCUGCAGAAAGAGAUCAGCAUCAUUUGGCCGUAUCUUCCCCAGAAGAACUUAGAUCUCCUGGUACCAAUCAACAAAGAUACUGACAUGACUGUGGGGAAGAUCUACGCCUCGAUGAUGAUCAUGGACUAUUUCAAACAGAACAAAGCCAAGAAGCUCAGGCAACAACUGGAGGCUCAGAAGAGUAGCUUGAUGUUCAAGCGUCUGGAUGCUGCCGCCCUCCCAGAGGACAUUCUCUCCAACACCCAGCCUCUGCCGAUGAUGGCCCACAGCGCUGGUUCUGCCCUGACCAGAGGAGGCUUCGUGGCGUUGAGCCCGAUCUCACCCCAGGAACUGUUUUUGCAGCCGAUGAGCUCCGACACUGACGCAGGUCAACAGCAACCUCUGGUGGGCGAGUGCAGUGGGGGGAUUGAAGCCCCUCUGGAGCUUCCGCUAGGGAGGGGCCUGUGUGUGCGGGCCUCUUCCAUGCCUCGUCUGGCUGUAGAGUUGCAGACAGAGGUCGCGAGUGGCUCCAUGAAGCGUUCAGUGUCCACUGUUGGGGAUGAGCGGGUCAACGGUCUCUGGCAGGAGGAGAAAAGUCCUGAGCGAUUGUAUCGACCUCGUCACAAAAGCUACAAGGCUGCUGUUUCUCGGUCAGAUCACUGGCAGCAUCAUUCCGACAGGGAGCGUGGCCGCUCUAAGGAGCGCUGUCACCUCCUCUCACCAGACACAUCUCGCUGUAACUCAGAGGAAAGAAGCCUGCAGCCCUCAUGCUCCUCCAGCGUGGAGCGAGCACACGUCCAAGAUAAACAGGGCAACAGCUCAGACAGUCCAGUGCCCUCCACCUCAGAGUCCAGCACCCCCAGCGGCCGACGACCAUUAUCGCAAACCCCGACCCGGUCUCGCCCUCACAUCUCCUACUCCCCGCUCGUGUGUCGCACACAAGCCUCUGUCGGUGAAGACGCGGACGAACAUGGCAGCCCAGAGACCAUGAGGCGAGGCAAGCCCACCUGGGAGAUCCAACAGGGGGUGGCAGGAGAAGGGCGGACCGAGGCCGGCCAACACCCUUCCCCGCCUCGACGCUACCCCUCAGAGCCAUUCCUGGCCUCACAAGAGGAGGACCACAGCCCUGACCCCUCUGGUCCCAUGGAGACCUUGACCUUCGAGGCGGCUGUGGCCUGCAGCCUGGGACGCUCAAACACCAUCAGCUCAGCCCGCCCGCGUUUGCGGACUGGCUGGCAGGUCCCCAACGGACACUUUCGGAAGCGUUUGGCGCAGACGGCCUCGGUGGCGGGCUGCGAUCCUCUCAGUGACACAGAGGAGGACGACAGGUGCUAGGGAUGGGAGGCACAAUGUGGAAGAGGAGGGGGAAUCCCAGUGGGGGUGUUGGAGUGCGACAGUGUACAGAGUGAAGGUCAAUGUAACUCUUUCUGCAUCAGUGCAUUGAGGCCAAGGGCCCUCUGGAUGUUUGGACAAAUGUGAACCCAAAACAACGAAGAACAAUACUUCCUGAAACUGUAGUUGCCAAUUCACACAGAACACUGACAAUAAAUAAGGUCUAUUUCCUGACUUGUACUUGAUGAUAGAGAGUAAUAAUACAUCUCAAAUAGUCGUGGGAUGCAGAAAAUAAACUAAAUAAAUGGAUCAAAUUAUGUCCUUUGUGUCAAUAUAAGGUAUUUUCAUUUCUGAAGAUGUUUCUAAAUGAUUCAGUGUUGCUCUGAACAGUAUUGAUCUGUGGGGUGUGUGAAUAUGUAACUACAUUUUCUUAUAAAUAAGUUGUUUUGUAAAUAGUUUGUGAUCAUCCCACCAUUGCCAUUUAGUAGACCAGAUCAACACGAUAAGCCAUCACGCAGAGACGAUCGGAUACUUUACCAGACAAUGUGGAUACUAAUACUCAAUAAUGCUGGAUUUUUUUACAGUGUGAAUGAAUGUGCAGGGGGGUAAAACUGCCUGAUUCUCCCCGUCAUUUUUCUUUUUUGGUAUUGAACAUAAUAAUUUGUGAGAUAUAAAUAAAGUCAUAGAAUAACAUAGAAAAUAUACUUAUUUGUUAUUUCUCCCAGUGUUAUUGUUAAAUCAUGCCUCCACCAAACUGAAUACCUUUAAAGUUUCCUCAUCAUCCUUCAAAACAGCCUGUUACUUUUAUUUUACCAGUCUGCACCUUUAAAAAAAAGAAAUAUCAAACAUUUAUAUUUAACAUUUGAUUUUCUGUCAUUUAACAUCAAAUCAAACCUGUCAUCUAUUUUUAUCUUUUUUCUUUCUUGUGAAUAUUGUAUGAACCAUCUCGGACAAUGACUGUGGAAACACUGUAGACACACAUCACACAUUUUGCUUCACAAGUCAACAUUACUCUAUUGCUUACUAAUAAUGUACAGAGAAGUUAUGCUGUUUUUAACAUUUAGAGAAAAAAAUAUAAUAAACAGUAUCAGCUGAUGAGCUUUAAAGGUAAGGGAAUCGUUGGAAAAUGUUCAUUUUAAGAUUUGUGUAUUUGUUUUGUUUGCCUAAAGAGGGCCGAUUCUGUGAAACUCACUUAACCAAAAACAUGGAGACUUGUAUCAUAAAUUCCUGGAAUGCAAAUAAUUUGUGGGUUUUUAUGUGUACAAUAGCUGUAUAUACAA